AUGUCGACAAUUUGCGAUGUAUGUCAGAAGAUCUUCCAGACCGGGGUUAGUCCUCUAGGUCUAGGACAACACGCCCUCAGACAUCCGGCUGUAUUUCACAGAAUUUCUUCAUCAUGCAACGGUCGACAGUCUAUUGGCCUCUACUAGAGGAGGAUGCUAUAUUUGCUUGCAUCUUCAGAAGUAUCUGUUGAGCAAGAGGAGCCUCGCUGAGCUGCGGUCGCUCAAGUACAAAGACUCCUUUACAACCUAUGAGUACCAUGGAAAGAUCAACGCCGCGUCUCGACACCCAUUCCACUUUGACAUUAUCUUGCGUUGCGGAGCCGGCAACUGGCUAUGGAUGAAGACGCUUCCGGCGAGAGGGUUGACAUAUACCCCAGAAUUCCAGGGUCUUUCACCGAAUACCGGCUCGGAAAGAUCUUGGAAGCAGUCGUUAGAGUGGUUUGAAGGGUGCACCAGGUUCCACGGGAAAUGCAACACAGUCGCAGAAUCCACACCCUGGUUUCCAACGCGGCUCAUCGAUCUUGGCUUGGGAGCUUCAGCGCACCUUCGCCUUAUUGAUACCAGACGGAUUCCUCCACUGGGCCGGUAUGUCACGUUGAGCUAUUGCUGGGGUUCCGCUGCAACAUUGAAGCUCACUGGCGAAACCUCGGAUGCAUUCAUGACGCGCCUGCCGGAGUCAGAGCUACCCAGAACAUUCAGAGACGUUAUCGAGGUUGCUAGGCGUCUCGGGAUCCGCUAUCUCUGGAUCGAUUCCCUGUGCAUAGUGCAGGACUCGGCUGAGGACUGGAGCGCAGAGUCAUCUGUGAUGGGCCGCGUUUACAGAAACGCUCUGUGCAAUAUUGCCGCCACCGCGUCAGCGGACAGCCAGGGAGGACUCUUCGUUGAUCGAGAUGCUCGCAUGGUAUGUCCCGCUGUCAUCGUAUCACAGUGGAGCGAUUGCCCUCCGUCCACAUAUCAGAUCUCAAAACGGCACGUUUGGGAAGACGGCGUUUCUGACGCCGUACUCAAUACCCGCGGCUGGGUUCUCCAAGAGCGCUUCUCAGCUCCCAGGAUCAUGCACUUUGCCGCUGAUCAAAUCUACUGGGAGUGUUUCGAGCUCCAAGCCUGCGAGGCAUUCCCAAGAGGCUUGCCGUCGAUGGUGCGCCGUCACGGUGUUACUCUCCCCAUGAAAGAGUUGAAUAUCACCAAUGGAGGGAAAGAAUUGCGACCUUUUUGGCAACGACCUGCUCUUCCAAUGUUCGACGGGUACCGCGUGUGGAACGAGAUCGUGGAGGCGUACACUUGCACCCGUCUGACCAAGUCCAAGGACAAAUUGGUCGCGAUUUCCGCACUUGCCAAAGAAGCGAGACGAGCGCUGAAUGACGACUAUCUUGCGGGGCUGUGGAGACGCCAUCUCGGGUGGGAACUUGGAUGGCAGGUUUCCGAAGAAGACAGCCACUCCAGACCAAGUGACUACCGCUGUCCGUCUUGGUCUUGGGCGUCGGUGGACGGAAAGAUCCACACCACAGAUUAUGGGUCAGAUGCGCAUCUAUUUCUCAAGGUCCUGGACGCCCGAAUCACGCCGUCAGGUGAUGACGACACUGGCGAGGUUGCUGGUGGGUUUGUUCGGCUGCAAGGUCCCAUGUAUGCUGUGUUGGUGAUUCCGAACGGCUCUACGUCUCUGCCCGGUGAUAGGUACGACGUGUUUUUGUCCGACAGAAGCACUGGCAGAGAAAUAUGGAGAGAGGUGAGCGCUGCAACCCACCUCGACGUCGACAUGGCCAACACCCCCGAUACGGAGGAGAAGUAUUAUUGCAUGUUGCAGUACUCCUCGGACACUGACAUCUGGUGCCAGUCUGGACUGGACGAGGACUACUAUUUGGUGACGCUACUACUCAAAUACGACGGCAUAAACAAGAAUUAUAGCCGUCAGGGAAUGCUCCAGCUGAUGUCAUUUGAGCGGGGCCAGAGCGGCUAUGUUGAUGAUUUAUCAUCAAUCCGGAGCCGGCGAGAAGAACCAAUGGAUCAGGAUCACGAUCGCGAUAGUGAUGAGGUUAAUCCAUGCACCGGAAGACAACCAGUCGCGCGCCCAAUCCAACGCCUGCGAGAUCUCGAACUGUGUCAUCACGACCCUAAUAUUCCGCGCGAAGCCUAUGACCACGAGCUUGGCUACACGAUCACAAUUGUCUAGGGUGUUCCACACGCCUGGUAGGGGCACCCGCGCUUUUCCACUGUUGAAAGCGGUAAGAUGAUGGGCGACAGAAAUGGGAGGAAUAUUCAAUUUUACAUCGACAGCCUCCAGCAUAAGCAGUCUGGUCGGAAAGCCAUCUACAUCCCUCCCACCCUCUAUAUACAAAGGAGCGACUCAGGCCAAA